UGUCAUUGCCAUCAAAUCAGGUAGUUGUUAGAUUGCUCUCUGCGCGUACAGUUUCGUCUGCUUUCCUUUCACGACUACUGUUCACUUCGUGUACCCUUCUAUUCAAAGAUGCUACUAAAAGUGCUACAAUUUUCUUGCGUUUAUUCGAAAGGGAUGGUUCUCAUUUUGAUGCGCACGUAUUAAAUAUAAAUGAAUUGGAAAGAAUGGCAGAUUAUUUGCGAAAUGAUAAGAGCAUAGCAAUCUACAUUCAUGGCUAUCUAGAUAAUGUAACUACUGCAGAUGUGCAACUUGUAACACGUGCAUAUUUAGAGGCCACGGAUGACAACGUUCUUGCGAUCGAUUAUCGAGAAAUUGCUAUGAUCAAUUACGUAAUCGGUGCUUCGUUGCUGAAGGUAGUCGGCAAACAUUUAGCCGAAACUUUAAACUUUUUUGUGAGUUCCGGUGUGAAUCCGAAAAAAAUACAUCUAAUUGGACAUUCAAUGGGUGCGCAAGUAGCUGCAUUCACUGGACGUAAUACGAACUUCAGACUUCCCAGGAUAACAGGAUUAGAUCCCGCUGGACCCUUAUUCUACAUUCUCAAUAAUCGAUUGACCCAUAACGAUGCUGACUUCGUAGAUGUUAUCCAUACCGACGCGGGCUUUUACGGAAUAGCUUUGUAUAGUGGCCAUGUGGAUUUCUAUCCGAACGGUGGCCACAGACCGCAACCUGGUUGUAUGCUAUUUGGUCCACCUUUAUCCGUAACAGAUUUCUGCAGUCAUUACAGAUCGUGCAGAUUUUAUGCAGAAUCAGUUAAAAACCCUAACGCUUUCAUUGGUGAAUGUAAAGUCGACUGCAGCAGCAGCAAUCUUAUUCCAAUGGGUGUUGCUACACCAAGUAAUACGACAGGUAAAUAUUUUCUGACAACAAAUGCGGAGAGUCCUUUUGGUCGAGGUGAAAGGAGUAUUUCUCUUCAUUAGAUCUUUAGUUAAAAAUCUUCCAUACCUAUAUGAGACGAUUCAAUUUGAAUAAAAGACAUACGUUUUAUUCAUGAACUACAAAAAUGAGUAAACGAGCAAUUAAUCUAGAAAAUGCAUCUAUGACAUACAUUUUAUAACUGCCAAAAGACCAGAAUAUUUCUUACUCCUUUCGCUAUAAUUAUAUUAUAAAGAUACCAGUAAUAGAAUUAUGCAAUUUAUAUAAUUUAUGUACCUGUAUAUUUUUAAAAGAUUUCAGUAAACCUUUAAUUAUAUUUA